GGAUCCCAUUGCUGCUAAAGAGCUGCUGGCCACAGAAGCCACCGAGCUCUCGAGCCAGCCGUGGGUUCUUUGCUGAGAUGGAGGCGUAGCUGAGGAAGGAGCCUGGAAAGUAAGAGGGGAAAAAGAAAACAAAGAGGAUGGGUGAUGGGGCCAUCCACAGCGGCCACGAAGCAGACACCACCUCCCUGAGGGGUGGGCAGGCGACUCGGCUACUCCCCUGACCAUAAAUGGCUUGGCUGUCAUGGAGCCACCCCUUGCCCUGUCACCCUGGCUCUCCCAGCUGGAUGCUCCUACAAAUGUGAUACAUAGCCUACCACACAAGCAAGAAAGGAGCUUGCCCAGGGUGGUGCUGGGAGAAGGUUCUUGGGAGGCUGUCAGACAUGAGUUUCUCACUGAACUUCACACUGCGGGCCAACACGACUUCCUCCCCACCUGCUACAAGUGGGAAAGAAGCAGACUGUGGGCCCUCUCUUGGAUUAGCAGCAGGCAUCCCGUCCCUGGUGGCCACAGCCCUGCUGCUGGCUUUACUAUUUAUGCUGAUCCGCCGAAGAAGAAGCAGCAAUGAGCCCACCGAGGAAAGUGAGAGACCAUGUGAAAUUUCAGAAAUCGAUGACAAUCCCAAGAUUGCUGAGAAUCCUAGGAGGUCACCCACACAUGAGAAGAAUCUGAUGGGAGCAGAAGGAACCCACAUAUAUGUGAAGACUGUAGCAGGAAGCAAGGAGCCCAUGCAUGACACUCACCGUCCUACUGUCGAAAUGGAGAGAAGGAGGGGAUUGUGGUGGCUUAUGCCCAGAUUGAGCCUGGAAUGAUGCAGUUUGGUCAAGGAACAGAUCUAGAGCUAGAACAGAGCUGAAAACCCAGGGAUCUGUGCUCAGAGUGAGGAGAGAUACUAAGCUGCUUCUUAACCAAUCUAAAUUUCCUUUGCAGAUCUGGAAAACUUUUGGGUUGGUUUGUCUCUGUAGGUGAAAGAGCUAAGGACUCAUUCCAACACUCAGAUCUUGUUGUUUAAUAAGCAGUGAAGCACCAAGUGAGGUCCAGAAGGAGCCCUUUGAUCCUAGUCUUGACCUAUGCUUUUCUUUAUGAUUUUGGGAAAGGGGCUUGAUUUCUGUGUGUCUUGUCUUAUCAUCUUUUUUCCACAUCUCUUUUCUCAAAAAAACAAACAAAAACAAAACAAAACAAAAAAACCAUCACACCUGGCUUCCAUGGGAAGGUUGGCCAGGGCUAACAUUGUGCAAGUUGGGAUAUAAAUAAAACUUAAAGGGGAUGUUUGAGGGAAAGCAAUUUCUUAUUUCUGAACAUCUCAAGGAAGAAAUCAUGUGGAGUCAUACGUUCCCUGACCACAGGGGUAGCACAUAGCUGGAUCAUUCAUUGCUCCCAUUUGUGUUUGUGAUCAGAGAGUACAUAAGGAAGGUGAUUCUACAAUACACUCUGUGUGUGUGUGUGUGUGUGUGUGUGUGUAGGGUAAAUACGGUAGAGUAGUGAAGGCAAGGGUUGUUACAAGAGAUUAUUAGAAAAGAAGGCUAUAUCCAUUUUGUGGGAGUGGAGAAAAAGGCCUCCACUGCACUUUCCAGGGAGAGAGAGUGAGAAGACUCAAAGUGGAUGAACACAGGACCAGAGGGGUGGGCUAAGUAGCAAUUUGCUUGCCAUCUGAGGAAAGUCUGUGAACAGCAUCAGCUGGCUCAGGUCAGGCCUUCACCAGGGCUUCUGUGAGGAGGCUUCCAGGAGUCCUGGUUCCCUCAUGCAGGGAGGGCCACUCCUGGUGAACAAGCAGAGUCUCCUAGUGGGAGAACCUGGGUCCAUAGCAUCUCAGGAUCCAUCUACCAACUCCGCUUUGAUAGGCCGUGGAGGCGUUUCUUUCUCACACAGGGCCUCUGAUUGCUCAGAAACAAGUCCCCUCUUCUUCAAACAACUAAGAACAAGUUCUACAAACUCAAUUACUGCCACCUGCCAACAUGUGCUUUCAAGGCUGCCUCCCUUACCCUGGGUGUCCUAAGAUGAAAAGACCAAGAGAGAGCAUCUCCCUGAGAGAGAAAGGGCCACUAAGAUCCAGAGAGAGACUCAGAGAUAGAAAACAGGGGAGAUAUUCCUUCGGCAUUUAGGAAAUUGUACUUCUGAGUGAAAGCAGUGGGAAUACAUCCUGUGUGUGGCCUUGUGCUGGGACGCCUAGAGAACAGCUCCAUGAUGACAGAGAAGCAGACUAUGACCUGAGCAGAGUGGGUCUAGAGUUAGUAUGCCAUCCCCCAAAAGCUCCAAAAGGGACCUAGAACCCCCUCCAGAAUCUCUGAUUUUCUAGUUAAAUCUGUUUCUCUCCUCAAGAUAAGUCUUCAACUCUUCGUUUUCAUUUUGUUACAUUUUUGUUUAGAAUAUUUUUAUAGUAUUUGAGUGAAAAAGAAGACUCCACCAACUCUUGUUUCCUCCUAUUUUUAUUGCAAAUG